GGACUGGGGGGACCGCGAACCGCCCCCGGGACUGCGAGAACCCCCCCGCCCCCCCGGCCGGAGCCGCCGUUCCCAUUUAUAGCAGCCUGUGCGGCUCUGACGUCAUCGCUUUGACGCGCGUGACGUCACCGCGUGUCCCCCUCCCUGAGCUCAGCGCGGGGGCCUCUCUGACGUCACGGGGGAACCCCCUCUUGGCCCCGCCCCUCCGCUCGCGGCCAAUCACCGCUCGCGUCACACCCGCCCGCUGAAAUCCGCGCGGCCAUUGGCUGCGCCGCCAGGCCACGCCCCUCUCACCCGGAAGCGCGAGGUCACGGGCAAGAUGGCGGCGCCCAGUGGGGAGACCCGGCGUGCGGACGGCGGGGGGCGGCCGUGACCUCUGACCCCUGACCCCGCGGGGACCCCCGUCAUCCCCACCGCGACAUGAGGCUGAGCUGGGUCCGGGCGCUGCCCCCCCGGCUCUGGGGGGGCCCCGGGGCACCGCAGGUCGCUCGGGGGCUGUGCCAGCGCCCGGCGCGGGACCCCAGCGAGGGCGUCACCCCCACCCCGGGGACCCCAAAACCUCCCCACCCCCGGUCCCCUGUCCCCACCCCGGUGUGGCACAAACCCUCCCCCCGGACACAGGAGGAGAACAGGGACCCCCAGGACCCCCAGGACCCCCAAUCCCAUGGCCCUUCAUGGGAUGGCACCUCAGAGGGUGACACCUCAAGGGGUGACACCUUAAGGGGUGACACCUCACGGGGUGACACUUCAAAGGGUGGCCCCUCACGUGGUGGCUCCUCAGGGGGUGCCCCCUCAGGGAGUGACCCCUCAGUGGGUGGCACCUCCAAAACCCCGUCCCCAGGUCCCUCCUCCCACAAGACCCACCACGACCACCACGAUGGGGACCCCCGGGAGGGCGGCCCCGGGGACCCCUCGGGCAGGGGGGACCCCUCGGGGGCCGCGUCGUUCCUGGCAGCCCUCGAGGGGACGCCCCCCGGGCGGGGCGGGGGCCGCCUGGCGCUGGUGGAGGCGGCGCUGGCGGCGCUGCCGGCGCUGGGGCUGGAGCGGGACCUGGGCGCCUACAACGGGCUCCUGCGGCUGCUGCCCCGCGGGCCCUGGGUGCCCCGAGGGCCCGUCCAGCGCCUGCUCUUCCCCUUCCCGCGGCAGCAGGAGUGCGGCCUCCAGCUGCUGGAGCAGAUGGAGCGAUAUGGUGUGCUGCCGGACGCGGAGACGCAGUUCCUGCUGCUGGGGGUGUUCGGGCUGU